AUGGAGACAGUAUGCGGUCCAUGCUGGACAUGUCGCAACCGCCGUAUUCAAUGCGACCAGUCCGGAACACCGUGCGCCAAGUGCGAGAAGGCCGGCGUGGAAUGCUUUGACAAACGACCUCUGAGAUGGGUCAAGGGCGUGGCCAUUCGCGGAAAGAUGCAAGGCCAUUCGUAUGAGGCGACCCCGCAGAGAUCGCCUCGCGCGCUGGUCCAGACUUCUGCUGCCAGUAGAACCCUGCCGGUUACCUUGCAAGACCCGUUCAUGUCAAACCUGGAUCAAACCUCCAAAUAUUAUAUAGAUUACUAUAGCGAACGCAUAUGCAAAUUGUUCAUUGUAUACGACAGCGCCAGAAAUCCAUUCCGGAGUUUGAUCUCCUUUGGAUUGAACGAUAUGGUCUUGCAGAAGGGCAUACUUGCUCUCGCUGCGCGACAUCAUGCCAAUACAGGCCAGUCAUUCCAUCAAAUUCAAGCUUCGACAUCGGUUGGCCUCAUUAAUGCCAAUCGCGAUGCGCUACUUUUCAAACAUCAAGCCAUGGAAGCCCUCUCCCGGGUACUUAGCGACGGAAAAAUAGCAAAAAGUGACACCACCGUUGCUAGCAUAUUUCUGUUUAUUUUCUUGGAUCUUCUCGAAUCUGGGAGUGAAGGUUGGAAUUUUCAUCUUGAGGGUGUGAAAAGUUUUAUUACAUCCCACCGCCCGCUGCUGGAGGCACAAGCUGGAGUUAAUAAUGGACCUGGCCAGACUGUACAGCAGAUCUGGAGUUUUAUAUCCAACCAGAUUCAUUUAAUUGAAACGCUGGGAGCAACAUUUUUACGACCGAAGCUGCUGUCGGGAUUUAUAUUUGACGGCCAAACAGAAAGGCAAUCCCAAGAAGAAAUUGAACAAUCUUUCCUUGGAUGUCCGGAGUUCCUGUUGUCGGCGAUACAAUUUCUCUCCAACGAAAGGGACGCCAUCGCAGGACAGCGGCCUGACGGUGUCGCUCUCCAAACACAUAUACAAGAUACCACGGCGAUGAUGGAAAUUAUUCAAAACUUUGACUCCUACGCCUGGGCUUCGAGUCUCCGGCAUUCGAGACAGUCUUCCGCAGAUGAAACCAACAAUAUCUGUACAUUGUCGCAGGCAUUCAAAAUCGGGGCUUUGCUAUAUGGGAGACGAAUUCUUGAUGCACUCACGGAAACCAUCACCUCGCAAGACGAUUUGGUUUCUGAGCUGUUGGGCCUAAUUGACACUUUGAGAGACGAUGAGGCGCUUUUCAAAUGCGUUCUGUGGGCUAUCUUUGUUGCGGGCUUGGAGUGUCAGUCCCGGGCCCAGAAAGACUUUUUGGUAGAAUCUUUAGAGAAAUUUUGGAUUGCUACGAGCUGUUUGAAUGUUGUCAAUGCAGCGAAGAUCCUGAAGGAGUAUUGGGACCAGGAAGAAGGCUUGGAGACUCCAUCGCGGUGGAUAUUUGAUAUUGGUCGUUUGGGUCGUGACUGCCUUUUGAUAUGA